CGCAUGCGCAAGGUAAGUGCAGCGGCCAGGGGCGUCACCGCUGGACAUGCUGGGGCUGGGCGGUUUCUGGCUCUUGUGGCGGCGACCUCCUGCAGCGGGGGUCCCAGCAAGGAACCUCCGCUUCAGGAAGGUCGCCUCCGGCGUCUCUCCCCCGGGCAGCACCUCGCCCAGAGCCCUAAAUAUCUUCGACCGGGAUUUGAAGAGGAAACAGAAAAACUGGGCGGCCCGGCAGCCUGAGCCGAUGAAGUUUGACUACCUGAAGGAGGAGGUUGGAAGUCGGAUUGCAGACCGUGUGUAUGACAUAGCCAGAAAUUUUUCCCUUGCUUUGGAUGUUGGUUGUGGAAGAGGUUACAUAGCACAGCAUUUGAAUAAGGAAACUGUUGGAAAGUUUUUCCAAGUAGACAUUGCAGAAAAUGCUUUGAAAAAUAUCUUAGAAAUGGAAAUUCCUACUGUUAGUGUUUUAGCUGAUGAAGAGUUCCUUCCCUUCAGAGAAAAUACAUUUGACCUGGUGGUUAGCAGUUUAAGCUUACACUGGGUGAAUGACCUUCCUAGAGCGCUUGAACAGAUUCAUUACGUUUUAAAACCAGAUGGAGUAUUUAUUGGCGCAAUGUUUGGAGGUGACACACUCUAUGAACUUCGGUGUUCGUUACAGUUAGCAGAAACAGAAAGGGAAGGAGGAUUUUCUCCACACGUUUCUCCUUUCACUGCUGUCAAUGACUUAGGACAUCUGCUUGGGAGAGCUGGCUUUAAUACACUGACUGUGGAUACUGAUGAAAUUCAAGUUAACUAUCCUGGGAUGUUUGAAUUGAUGGAAGAUUUACAAGGGUGGUGGCAGGACUUGGGGUACAGAUGGAACCUGAAUCAGGUGCCAAUCCUCUGAUGAAUGAGAAGAGGGACUGGGAGCCUGAUGUCUGUGUCUGACAGCAAGCAGGAGUGAGAGAGGAUGAUGGCCAAAUAGUGUGGGUCUCACCUUGUUUUUGACAAGUUAGAGACAAAAUGGCCUGGAAGAGGCUUUGAGGAGCAACAAGGAUACAAACCCUUACCUCCCAAUUCUGAAAGAGGUAAGGUACGCAGAUACACACAUCUGCCACAGAGUGGGCUGCUGGAGAAGUGAUUUUCUCCAAGGAGAGCUUUGACUUGCCUAAGAAAUUAUGAGCUUUUACUUUUUAUUACCCAAAUGGCAUAGGCAGCUUUGCUGAAUGAAGGAAGCUGAAGCGAUUAAAGGUGUGUUCGUUGAAACCAGAACUGUGCUUACCUAGGGGAACCUUAAUCUGGAUCCUGAAAAAUGAAGAUGAUUUAAGCAAGAGGCUUAUAAGACUAAAUAGCUUGCAGUUAUUUAUAGAUUUAUAGCUUUUCUUAAACGCUAUUGCAGUUGCUUCUCUCAGUAGUCCUCUGGUAACUAUUUAUCUCUGUAUUACAAGUGAUGAAUAUGAGGCCCAAAGGGAACACUUGCCUGUUAAUGGCAGAAUUAGGCCAAACUCUUGCCUUCUUGACUCCUGCUCUGCUAGUCUCUUACCUGACCCGACUUCUUUGGGCUGCCCAUUUAUAACAGUCCGUUUUACCCAUCAUCCAGCCUCCUCUGAGAAUGGCACUUCUGUUGGCUUUACAAGGAGAAAGGUAUGUAGCUGAAAACUUACUACUGUAGUCACUCUUCGUUCAUUAUAAUUUAAUACAGGAUUGGCAGCUUAUAGCAUGUGUGCUUGAGAUGACAGGGGAUCAGUGAUAAAUCACACAUUCCCCUCCCAAGCAUUGCCCCAAACACUUGGCUUCCCAUGACAUAAUCACGGAGUCCCUUCAUCCAAAGACUUGAGAGAUGGUGGUGGGUCGAUGAUGUAUCAUUCAGACUCUAAUGAUAAAAAUAUUUCUCAAAUGCAGCAUUUAUUUUUAUUCUGCUAUAUAAUAAAUGCUAUGCUCAUGAUUCAUUUCAAGAGAGAAGCAAGAGACUAGAAAUUAGAUGCAUCAGUUGGAAAAGGUUACUACCCACUGAUUUAAAAAUAUAGAACUUACUCUGUGCUGGGUGCAGUUCUGUGAUAUUUUCUGAUACCCUAAUUUUACAAAUGAGCAAAUAGAGACAUUGAGAAGUUAGGUAUCUUGUUCAUGGUCACACCGGAACUGGAAUUAGGAUUUGAAUCCAAAGUCCAAUACUGCCUACUUGAUCUCUGUGCAUUUUUUUUUUUUAUUGAAGUUAGCAUAGUAAAAUGCUCUAAUCUUACAUGUAUAGUUGCUUGUAUUUUUAAUCACUAUCCAGACAAGGAUUAGAACAUUUCCAGCCCCCUCAGAAGGUUACCUCAUGCCACUAUCCAGUUGAUAACCCCUGCUUCCCCCAAGGGUUUUAAAUAGGUCAUCUAUUUUGAGGACCUGUUGCCUAAUAUUUACCUUGAGAGGCUUUGCCAGUGCUUCUCUUAUUUUUACUGUUAAGCCUUUUACAUAAAUCAUAUAUUUUAGUCUUUGAAUCUCUUAUCCUUAGGAGGAUUAAGAAGAAUUAUGUAAAGAUAACUUGUAAAAGUGAUAUUUAACGAAGUAGAUAUAAACAUUAAAUGGUUGAUUUUAUAUUCAUUCACUUACCAUUUAUUGAACAUCUACCAUGUGCCAACUAUUGAGCCAGUGAUGAAAAUACAUAGUUCCUUAUCUCAGGGAGCUUGUGCUGUAGUAGAGACAUAGAGAUAAAGAGAGAGACAUAGGCAUUUAACUGUAAAAUGAGAUAAUUGUGUUUGAAAGUAUAGGGAAAAACAGAAUCCCUAAAUCUGCUUAGGGUAUCAGGGAUGCUUUUGUAGAAGAGGCAGGACCUAAGCUAAAAUGAGUUUGCCAGGAGAGUGAGUGAGUGGUACAGGUUUGGGGCAUUGCCUUCCAAGCCAAGGGAAUGGUCCGUGUAAAAUCAUGGAGAUGCUUCCUUCACUUUCCUAAUUAAGAAACUCUACAGUAAUUCUGUAUCGCUUGAAUAUGUAGGGUGGUGAGAUGAUAGGAAAUGAUGCAGGAUAGUCCACCAGAGGCCUCUAGAUUUUAUCAGGUGAGCCUGGUACUGUGGGUGGAGAAUUUCAUGUGAAGGAGAGAGUGUCAGAUCACUGUGUUAAAAAGCUCACCCUCGGGUGCCUGGGUGGCUCAGUUGGUUAAGCGACUGCCUUUGGCUCAGGUCAUGAUCCCAGAGUCCUGGGAUCGAGUCCCGCAUUGGGCUCGCAGCUCAGCAGGGAGCUCAAAUAAAUAAAUAAAUAAAUAAAAUCUUUGGGGCGCCUGGGUGGCUCAGUUGGUUAAGCAACUGCCUUCGGCUCAGGUCAUGAUCCUAGAGUCCUGGGAUUGAGUCCCACAUCGGGCUCCCUGCUCAGCGGGGAGUCUGUUUCUCCCUCUGAUCCUCCCCCUCUCGUGCUCUCUGUCUCCCAUUCUCUCUCUCAGAUAAAUAAAUAAAAAAUCUUAAAAAAAAAGCUCAUCCUCCAGCAUUGUUCAUAAAGCAUACUCUAUGAGGAAGGUAAAACUAGAGCUAAUAUAGUUCAUCUCUCUUGUUACACAUGAGUAAACUGAGGCAUAGAGAGAAAUCAAGUAACUUGCCCAAGUGAUCUAAGUGAUAGAGCCAGGAUUUAAGUCCAGUGUAGCAGCCUAACUCAGAUCCUGAAAUCUCAACCACUCUGCCUUUAAAAGGUCAGAGGCAGCUGAGAUGGGAAGGAGAGUGGUCCAGGGAUGAAUGGGGGGGGGCGGAGCUUGGGUGACUACCUCCAGGUGUGCUUUGCCUACUGGAACAUGGUGUUGCCUUCAAAUUGGUUUUUGCUAUUUUAUAUUGUUACACUUUUUUCUUGAUGGUUGUAGUGUUUCUCAUUUGAGCUGCCAUUGUUAUUAAUUCACAGAAAAAAGUCCAGAAUGUUGACCUAAU